AUGAACACUGAGCAUUGGAGGACUGUAUGGCCUUGUGCACCUCAUCUAGCCAACUUUCUACUACUCCAUAAGGAAAUGUUAGCAGACAAGGUGAUAAUCGAGCUAGGGGCUGGCUGUACAGGUUUGGCUGGCUCGAUAGCGAUCAGAUGUGGCGCCAAAAAAGUAAUAUUCACCGACCACCCUAAAAUUCAUGAAUCUCUACAAGUUCUGACGGAGAAUGUGACCGCAAACGAUGAGUUUAUGACUGAGGGACAAGAGUAUGAAAUUUUGGGUCUGGACUGGGCGGCUGUUCUCAAGAAAAACGCUUCAGUAGAGGACUUUGGUCCUGAAGUCGCCAAAAUUAGUCAUGUAGAUUACAUCAUAGGCUCCGAUGUCUUCUAUGAACCCAAUGAUUUCAAAAAGCUUGUUAGGACGGUUUCGGUUUUUGUCAAAAAGUUUCCCAAGCUGAGAUUCUAUUUCUCUUAUCAAGUCAGAGAUGAAUCAGACUCUAUUGAGCACUUGCUUCUUCUUGAAGGAUUGGAAUGCCAUUUACUACGAACUGUUCAUGAAGAUAUCACAAUACAGAUAGGACUUAUUCAAAAAGCUAAGGCACCACUAGAUGCAGUGUUUGCUGGUAUUGAGGGAGGUGCUACACAUUCAAAGCUGGUGUUUGCUCGGUCAGACGGGAGUUUCAGUCAAGAAGUUGUUGGUCCAAGUACGAAUCCUUAUUUGAAUGGCUUCGAAGAAACUGGUGACACUAUUGGAAAUUGGGUUAGGGAGUCAGCUUAUGCAGAAAACGUUGAACUACCCUUGGAAAGUUUGGGCAUGGGGUUAUCUGGUGCAGAAGAUGAAGACUUGAAUAAGCAUUUCGUCAGAUAUAUGUCAGAACAUCAUGGAGACAUAGCAAAGUCUUUCCAUUUAGUAUCAGAUGCAGUGUGUGCUUUGCAGGCUUCUUUCGAAAAUGAGGGUAUUAUCGCUAUUGUUGGAACGGGUUCUAGUUUUCGAAUGCUGUCAGCUUCGGGAGAAGUUUUCUGUGUUGGUGGUUGGGGCCAUCUUAUAGGUGAUGAGGCUAGUGGGUUCUGGAUAGCCCAAAAAGCCAUAAAGAUGUUGUUCGAUGCAGAAGACAGAGUUCAACGAAUAGAGGAUAUUGAUAUUCUCCGGAAACUUAUUUACUCGCAUUUCAAAAUAACUAGAAAAAUGGAUUUACUAAAUAUGUUGUACACUAACUUUGAAAAAUCUGUAAUAGCUGCAUUAACCCUAUCCUUAUCUAAACGAAUUGAUGUACCUAUCAUUGCAAAACUAUUCUAUGAUGCCGGAUAUGAAAUUGGAAAGCAGAUCAGCGGCUUUUAUCCUGAAAUGAGUGAAGAAAUGAAAGAAUGUUGUAACGUUGUGGUUAUCGGAUCUGUUUUCAAAUCCUGGCCUUGUUUGAAAUUAGGUUUUUAUGAUUGCAUGAAGGCGAGAAAACAGAUCCGGCGCGCGAAAUUCUACAAAAGCACCAUGCAGCCUGCCAUAGGAGCCAUUCUUUUUGCAGCUAAAAAGUGCAAAAUGCAGAUUGUUUGUGAACGAGAACUUGUUGUGCUUGACGACAUCACAUUCGCACCAGAGAGAGCCCCAGAAAAACCUGUAGCACAAAUUUCCUCGAAAAGCACUCCGAAAACUUCUGGGAAUCCCCCACGAAAGGUGACUCCCAGAACUUCCAUUAACUCUCCUCAGAAAACUCCGAAAGCCAUGGAAGCUAGUUCAGGUGGUGCAGGAAGAAAGGAUUGA